GAUGGCCUUGUUGGCCGUGGUCGCCCUGAUGCAGCCAUGGCUUUUCGCGUGGGUGGGCCCCAAGACCAGCCGAAGUCUCCUGGUGACGUUGGUCUUCAUGAUGGGCACCACCUCUGAACCUCAGGACUUUAAAGCGUGCACGGGGAAGCUUCGGCCGCUGCUGGUGAAUUUCAUUGCAUGCUUUGCGGUCUUACCAGGCGUAGCACUGUCCAUUGGACAUGCAUUGGAUUUGCGACAGGACUUUCUGGUGGGCAUGGUUCUGAUGGGCGGCGUCAAUGGAGGAUCAGCUUCAAAUCUCUUCGCGUUGCUCGCGGGUGGUGAUGUGGCUUUAUCGGUCUUGAUGACCAUCACCACCACCAUUGGCGCAGUCGUGUGCACUCCACUGGUCGCUGAAGUCUUUGUGGGCGCCUUUGUGCCCGUGGACUCCAUUGGCAUGCUGCGGUCUGCCGUGGAGAUGGUCCUCCUCCCUUUGAUUGGCGGGGUUGUCACUAGGGCAGCUUUACCAUUGACCAUCUCCAAAGUUGAACCCUUUAUCCCAAAUCUGGGACUGGGCACUGCCCUGCCAUUGCUGGGCGGAGUGCUGGCAGGAAACGCCUCCGCCAUUCUCAGCGCCGGCGUCACUUUGCACAUCGCAAGCUUGUCCUUCAACGUGGCCGCGGGUCUCAUAGGCUAUUACUUCGCUGCGGUGACCGGUUCAGAUGAGCGGGUUCGAAGGACGGUGGCCAUUGAAGUUGCGAUGAAAAACAACGUUUUCGCCUGCAUCUUAGCUGCGGCCCACUUCGAUUCUCAAGAUGUGCAGAUUCCAGCUGCUACGGCAUGCAUUUGGUGUCCGAUCAUUGCAGCUGCCAUGGCAGCCUACUGGAAACUCUCCCCGCCAUGCGUCCCGACUCCGAAGCUCCCUCCCGCUCCAAACGACCAACGCCGAGCGCCAUACCGUCUGGUCUCGCCAUAG